GUUGACCUGCGCCUUAGCUUGGCGCCUGUGUUUCAUAUUGUCAUUUGUGUCUAUGACAUUAGAAAUGAGCCAGCCUGAAAGAGGAACGAUUGUUGAAGGUAUAGGGGAUGAGUUCUUUCAAAUCCUUGGUUUAAUCAUCGUAGUUGCAGUGCCUUUUUUAGUCGCCUAUCGAAACAGGUUAAGAUCAAUUGCGACAGGGGCUAUACACCCUGAGAGUGAAGCCCAUGUCCAGCAUACACGCACCCAGCUCCGCUAUGGCAGACCCAAUGCUGAUGACCAUGCUGCAUCAGCCAAUGGGCAAGCUACGGGGGAGUCAAACGGUCAACAAAACGGUGAGGGGCAGAGCAGCGAUGGACGGCAUGGCAUGAGUGCCCAGCCAUAUAACGGAGAUCGACCUUGCCCUAUUUGCCUUGAUGAGAAAGAAUGUGCAGCUGAGACGAACUGUGGACAUGUGUUUUGUGGUAACUGUUUAAUUGCAUACUGGAGACACGGUACAUGGCUUGGUGCUAUAAGCUGCCCUGUGUGUAGACAAAUGGUAACAAUCAUCCUACCAGUCUUCCAAGAAGAUGAACAGAAUAGCGGUGAUGGGGGAAGAAUUAUGGCCGAAAUCAGGGACUAUAAUCGAAGAUUCUCAGGAGAGCCCAGACCGUUUAUGGACUACAUCUAUGAUCUUCCAACCCUGCUACGUCAUACGGCCCGUGACUUCUUCUCGCUCCACGGGAUCGUCUGGAUGUUCCGUCUGAGGAUCGUCUUCUGCUUCGCGGCGGCCCUCCUGUACCUUAUCUCCCCUCUGGACAUCAUUCCCGAGGCUGUCUUUGGAUUUUUUGGAUUCUUUGACGACAUCUUUGUGGUCCUUAUCUUGGCUAUCUAUGUCACGGGCAUAUACAGGGGCAUCGUGGCACAGAGGAUGGAAUAGAGGCGAUGUCAAAGGUCAUGAAUUCUGCACGAUGCACUGCUUAGCGUUGUGACGUUUGAAGGAACUUCUGGUGAGACCUGAAGGUUUAAGGGAGUGUAGCAUGACGAGACUACAUGUCUUUCUAGUGGCCUGACUCCAGGCCAAUCCGGUAUAAUACGACCACGGACAAAGCAACCGCAGCAAUCACAUGCAUUCAACAUACGCGAAACCGAAGCGUCCAUAUAGAGAUUAAGUCGCUGACUACUGUUAAUAUGCAGUUGUCCAAAAGAAGACGUAGAUAACCAGUAUUUGCCAAGCUACACUCCAUUUAAAGGAAGGCAGAUGGAAUGAGUGGACCCAAUAUUCUUCAGGAUACUCUAGGCCUAUGUAGUAGCCAGGGUCCUUGCCUGUAUGUAACACACUGGUUCUACAAAACUUCUUCCGUCGACACUUGCUAUGCUUUCAACAACCCACACUCAUCAAAUUCCUGCCUUCAACCCUUGAUCAAACACUAUACCUGAUCUUAUCUCUGAAGACCUGAAACCUGAUUGCAUAAAGUACAGGCUGGAGCAAUGAUCGUGUCAAACUUGGUGAUAAUACCAGGCAUGGGAGACUCCAAACAGAGAAAUGACAAAAGAUACUUGACAAGUUGAUAUACAGUUAACAGCUAAAUUAUUCAUACCCUUACCAAGUUUACAUAAAGGAAAUGGGGCACUAACAAGGAAUACAGCACUUAUUAGAAAGAAAAAGGGGCACUUAUCAGAGGUUUAAAAAAGGACCAGCCCGCACCUGAGAAAGGGCACUUAUUAAGAAAGGGUAAGGGGCAUUUAUUACAAAGGAAAAGGGGCACUUGUUGAUGUAAAAAAGGUACUUAUCAGAAAGUGCUAAGGUUCACUUAUUAGAAAGAAAAGGGGGCACUUUGGGGAUACUUGAAAUAGUAGGGGCACUGUGCCUCAGCACCCCCUCCCCUCCUCCAUGAGUGCUGCCUCUGGCUUGUUCGUAAUAAAAGAAAGGGACAAUUUGUGGGAAAUAGUAAGUGAUAGGUUGAAAGAUGAGCAGCAGUCAAGGAGACACA